AUGUCUCCUCAAUCUCAAGAAGCCCCGUGGAAAGAAAUUGCCCGACGUAAACAAGCCGAAAGAACAGCACGCAUCCCAUCAAAAUGGCACAUUCCAACCAGAUCCAUCCCAAAAGACCCCUCUCAACUAAGCGACGGGCCACAGAAAGUCCUCGACAUACCACGCCAAUUCUUGUCUCAAUCCGAAAUCUCAAUCACCGAGACAUACACAAUCUCAACCCUGCUCAAAGCCAUAAGCACGCGCAAACUCUCGGCCAAACAAGUCAUCGAGGCCUUCUGCCACAGGAGUGCCAUAGCCCAGCAACUCACAAACUGCUUGACGGAGCCACUAUUCGACACCGCCUUGAAGCGGGCCCAGUUCCUCGAUGACUAUCUCCGCGACCACGGCGCCCCUCUCGGCCCCCUCCACGGCCUGCCCGUCUCCGUCAAAGACACAUUCAACGUCGCAGGCGUCGACACCUCAAUGGGGCUGGCGUACCUGUGCCACAAGCCAGCAGCUUCCAAUGCGCCCUUGGUCGAUCUCCUUCUCUCUUUGGGGUGCGUCAUCAUCGCCAAGACCAACAUCCCGCAAACUCUCGGAAGUCUGGACUCCGUAAAUAACGUUUUUGGCCGGACCAUGAAUCCUAUCAACCGCCUGUGCACCGCUGGUGGAUCCUCUGGGGGCGAGGGCGUCCUUGUGGCCAUGAAGGGCUCCAUGAUUGGCAUCGGGACCGACAUUGGGGGCAGCAUCCGUGUACCUGCCAUGUGCAACGGGGUCUAUGGCUUCAAGCCAUCCAACGGACGCGUUCCGUACGGCGGGCAGGUUCUUACUGGCAUCGACGGUAUGAGCCGCACUUCCGUACAAGCUGUUGCGGGCCCUAUUGGCCGCAGCGUCGAGGAUAUUGACGCCCUCAUGCGUGAGAUUGUUCCUCGAGCUGCUCUUUGGGGCGAGGACUGCAUGCCCGCCUCAUGGCCUUCCAGCUCAAGAGGAUCGUCGAUCUCGGGCUGCGGUAGAAACGGGGAGUUGGUUAUCGGUGUUCUUCGCAGCGAUGGAAAUUGCAGCAUUCAUCCGCCUCUUGCUAACAUGCUGGAUGAUAUUUCCUCUUCCCUUUCCGAAACGCCCAAUGUCAAGGUGGUUGAGCUGACAUGCCCUGCGGCGUUCACAAAAGCGCAGUCAGUCAUGAACAAGCUCAUGGGCGUCGACGGCUCCGUCACAAUGGCGGAGAUGAUUGACGCGACGGGCGAGCCGCUGGUGCCGUGGACGGCGGCACGCUUCAAAAAGGGGAAACCGCAGUCACUCACGCAAGUUGCUGAGCUUCAGGCACAACGAGCAACAUUGGAGCGGGAGAUGCUCAAGAUGUGGGUCGAGGACGAUGAACACGGCCGAAGAAAGCAGAAGCUGGAUGCCGUCAUAUGCCCUGUUGCACCGCACCCUGUGCCGCCUAUCGAAGGGUAUAAUGCUGUCGGCUUGACUAGCAGCUGGGUGAUGCUUGACUAUCCUGCAGGAACGGUACCAGUCCGUGAUGUCACGGAGAGUGACCUGCAGCUAGGUCAGCCACAGGGUGGGAAGGUUCUGAGUAGCUGGGAUGAGAGAAACAGAGAGCUGUGGGACGAGAAUAAGAUUGACCGAAAGAUAUAUCUGGGUACGCCGCUAAGUGUUCAAGUUGUUGUACCCAGGUUGCGGGAUGAUCAGCUAGUUCAAGCUAUGGCUUGCGUGGACGCUGCUUGCAAGGGUAAAGGAACUGUUGUGAACGCAAAGCUUUGA